AUGUAAGAAAUAGAAAUAUUGCCUUAAAUAGAAGCUGGAAGACUUAAUGACACAGUUUAGAGUGCUAAAAGUUUAAGAUGUAGAAGAGUAGUAGAUAUUGCAUUUCAGAAUAUCGAAUAUUAAGUGGUUGAUCAGAAAGGAAGUAAGAAUAUUCAUUAAGACUAAUAGAAAAGAGGGAAAUAUUACGUAAUUUAGAUGGGUAUUGUCCUGGAGGAGAAGUUACUGCUAUUUUGGGAGCAUCUGGUGCUGGUAAAACAUCAUUGCUCAAUAUCCUUGCUGCUCGUGUUCAAAGUUCUAACACUGUAAAACUAAAGGGGAAAGUGCUUGCUAACUAAGUUGAGUAUGAUUCUGAGACAUUUUCCAAUUUUGCUGCCUAUGUUAUGCAAAAUGAUGUUCUUUUUGAAACAUUAACUCCAAGAGAAGCAUUACAAUUUGUUGCUGAUUUAAAGUACACAGACUUAGAAUUGAAGUAAUCAAGAGUUGAAGACACUAUUAAAACAAUGAAAUUAGAAAGAUGUCAAAAUGCAAUUAUAGGAGGUCCAUCAUUAAAAGGAAUUUCAGGAGGAGAAAGAAAGCGAACAUCAAUAGGAUUUGAAUUAGUUACUAAUCCUUCAUGUAUUCUGCUAGAUGAACCUACUUCAGGAUUAGAUUCAUUUACUGCAUUUUAAAUUAUGUAAUAUUCUUAAAUUAACAUAUGAUAGAUAUGAGCUAUAAUUACUUGCACAUGAAUAAGACAGAACUAUUGUAUUUACUAUCCAUUAACCAUCAUCAGAUAUAUAUUUACUUUUCGAUAGAAUAAUGCUCCUUGUCCAAGGAAAAUUCAUCUACUAAGGACCUAGAACUAAAUUGGUUGGGUACUUUAAAGGAAUAGGAUUUCCUUGUCCAGAUCACAGUAAUCCAAUGGAUUUUAUGAUGAGUAUUAUGCAUCAAGAAAGUCAAAUAAACAUAGAUAAUUUCCCAAUCUAUUUUGAUUAAUACGAUAAGUAAUUGCACAAACCAGUUUUAGACGAAAUCAAAGAAUCUUCAAAAACUGAAUUAGUUUAUAAGUAAGUUGAGACAACUACUGCAUAUUAAAUUAGCCUAAUUGCAAAAAGAGCAAUCAAAGGAUUUUUGAGGGAUAAAAUGAUUGUUAAGUAAAGAGUAGGUAUGGCAAUUUUCUUGGGAUUAUUACUUGGGUAUUCAUAUUAUGGGAUUGGAGAGGAUUCAGGAACAUUCGCAGACUACACAAGUAUGUCUGGAUGUAUGUUCUUUUUAUGCAUCAAUCUUACUAUGAGUUCCUUAUUUCCGGUUGUACUUCAAUUUUCAACCGAAAGAGAUGUGUUUUUGAGAGAAGAGAAUUCAAAGUUAUACACAACAUUUUCAUAUUUCUUGGGGAAGUCGUUUGUUGAAAUACCUUUUUGUCUAAUUACGCCAAUUAUUUAAGAACUAAUUCUUUAUUGGAUGAUCGGUCUAAAUACUAAGGAUGGUGGGGUUGUUGUUGCACAUAUAUUCAUUGCUAUUCUGACUUGCUUGAAUGGAAACAGUAUGGGAUUGAUGGCUGGAUGUGCAUUCAAUGAUAUUAAAGUGGCUACUAGCAUUGUACCAUUAAUAUUAUUGCCUUUAAUCAUCUUCUCAGGAUUCUUUGCAAAUUCAAAGUAGUUUUUUGUAUGGAUUGGUUGGAUCCAAUACAUAAGUCCAGUCAAAUACUCUUUUGAAGCAUUGGCCACUAAUGAGUUUGAAGGAAGAAAUUACGAGUUUGGUGAUCCCAUCGAUACUCUUGGAUUUGAGGUCGGAUUAUGGGAAUCAGUAGGAAUUCUUAUUGCUUUUACUGUAGCAAUAAGAUUUGGAGCCUACGUGUUUCUAAAAAUUUUAAGAUAAAAAUAAUAAUGA